AUGCUUUCAUCCAAAUGGACUCGAUCAUCAUCAUCCCUAACAUUCUCCCACGUGAUGAUAAUGUCUACAAUUUCAAAACUACCACAUCAUCUUCUCUCUGCAUUCCGUAAAUUCGGAGUGAAUUCCACGACAAGCACUUAUUAUGGUAAUUACUCGACAUGUUCUACAUUACAUCAUGAUGAAAAUGCAAUGGUAGCCAUGGAAUGGUAUCGGAAAUUAAUUAAAAAAGCAUCGUUCAUUCCGAACCAAGCAAAACGAAAACAAAUAUUACAACAAAUUAGAAAGGAAUUUAAAGAUGCCACUCAAGUUUCAUCAUCAUCCGAUUGGAUUAAAAAAGCAGAGCAAGCUCUCCAAUUUUUAACAAUGAUUACACCAAAAACACCAACAUCCAAACAAGCAUCCACUCCUCAACAACCCCAUGAUGGUAUUGUAAAAUAUGUAAAAAUUGAUGGCGAGUGGGUCGAUGUAAGAAAUGUCGAUCCUGACAAAUUGCAAAAAAGAGAUCUUGCCUAUAUGAAAGGUGGAUCAGAAGAUAGUUUUGCUCAAUCAACACCUUUUUCAUGUCCACCUGGAGGAUGUGGCAGAUGUCAAUAG